GCUCUCGCGUCAGUUCUGGAGCGCAAAAGAAGAGAUUCGAAACUGUGGGUUAAAUGAGUAUUCAUAAGGUGGUGUGCGAUAAAGUUUUAACUGCUGAGAAUUUCCGUGGCAUUUUAAUAACUAACGCCAUGUUAAUCCGACUUCAUUAAGGAUACCGGCAACACGUUAACAUAUUGUACGUGAAAUCUUUAGCUAUCUAGAGCUAUAAAUUAUCCAUUUAUGCGAACAAAUAUGUGGUCACGACUCUGUACCGUUCGAUAAUAUAAAAUCAAAAUACAAAGCCAGUGCCAAGUCAAUUACGAAGUCGGAACGUAAUGUUAGCACAGGUGAGAGAAGGAGCUAAUUCAAUGUUUCAGGUGACAGUCGGACCGAAAUCCUCGCAGUCAUUCGGGUUAUUGAGAAUCAGUGGCCAUUUAUGGCUAGUGAAGCAUCUACUAACAUCCGCAAAAAUGGCUAAAAGCAAAUUCGAUUAUGUUCGUAAUUUUGAGCAGCUCGAUUACGUUCUUCCAAACACAUACAUCGUUGUGCGGCUUGAUGGAAAGGGUUUCCAUAAAUUCACUCAGGCCCACGAUUUCGUAAAGCCUAAUGAUAAACGGGGUCUGGAUCUAAUGUCACGAUGUGCCAAAGAAGUAAUGAAAGAAUUCAACGAGAUCUCAAUGGCAUACGGUCAAAGUGACGAGUACUCAUUUGUAUUCCGCCGAGACGCCACUAUCUACAAGCGGCGUGCGUCGAAAAUAAUGACUAACAUUGCGUCACUGUUCUCUUCUUCAUUUGUGUUCUAUUUCUCCGAAUUCUUCCCCGAGAAAACAUUGUUGUGUCCUCCAGCUUUUGAUGCAAGAGUGGUACUCUACCCCACAAACCAAAAUCUGAGGGACUACCUAUCGUGGCGACAGGCAGACUGCCAUAUCAACAACCUGUAUAACACCGCAUUUUGGGCACUGGUCCAAAAAGGAGGUCUAACAACUUCAGCAGCAGAAGAGCGAUUGCGAGGGACACUUAGCGCUGAUAAAAAUGAGAUCCUCUUUCAGGAGUUUAACUGCAACUACAAUAACGAACCAAGCCAAUUUCGGAAAGGUACAACAAUUGUUCGAGUGCCAAAAGACUACAACCGUAAGGCUACUAUAGGGAACGAUGCUGGUGAUCCAGUUUCAUGCAAAAAGGCCACGGAGCCGGCAUCAAGCACAACAACGACAGCAAUAACAACAAAUACAACAAUUGCAACACAUACUAUAACAUCUGCCGUUUCAAGUGUGGAUCGUGACGUCCCUUGCAUGAACAGUCACAUGAUGCGACAAUCUAGCAGUAAUGAUCUUCACUCUAUGCACCGCGACAUGAUCCAGAAAGAGUUCUGGAACAUGUACCCAUUUAUCUUGCAAUCUGAAUAGAUUAUUGGUGUAUAU